AUGCGGCACAAGCUUGUCAGGAAUGUCGGCGACGGAGAGCAAAGUGUGAUGGUUCACAAGCCGUCGUGUGCUCGGUGUCUGAACCGCGGCAUGGAGUGCGUGUUUAACACCAAAGAUGACAGCCGUGGCACGGCGCCGAAAUCGUUGGUGAUGCAGCUUCAAGCGCGCAUCCAGCAGGUCGAGCAGGUGUUAUGGCUCCAUUCCAUCGAUGUCGAGUCAUCUAUAGCUCAGCUCAGGGCCGGGCAUCUUCCAUCAAUCUCCCCCUCCCGUUCCCAACAACAGUCGAGAGAAGAGGAGCCCUUUGGGGCACUGUGCGCGAAUGGACCGUUCGGUUUGCACGACAGGGUUGGCGAUGAGGAGGAGGUGCGCUUCUUCAGCUCCAACUACUGCUAUCCACUCCUUUGCACAGCAACUUCGAACUAG